AAGGGCGCCAUGGCGCGCGUGGGGGAGGCCGCCGCCAGCCUGGAUCUCUCGGCGGCCGCUGGUGCGUCUUUACAGCCGGUCCAGCUGGCGGCGGAGCCCGCGAGAGCGAUGUCUUCCAUCGCCUCCUACGAGAGCCUGGUCCAUGCUGUGUCUGGGGCUGUGGGCAGUAUGACUGCAAUGACUGUAUUUUUUCCUUUGGAUACAGCUAGGCUUAGACUUCAGGUUGAUGAGAAGCGGAAGUCUAAGACAACACCAGCAGUCCUAUUGGAAAUAAUCAAAGAAGAAGGCCUGCUGGCACCAUAUCGAGGAUGGUUCCCUGUCAUCUCCAGUCUUUGCUGCUCCAAUUUUGUUUAUUUUUAUACUUUUAAUAGUCUUAAAGCUCUCUGGGUCAAAGGUCAACACUCAACCACUGGAAAAGACUUGGUUCUUGGGGUUGUUUCAGGUGUAGUAAAUGUACUCUUGACCACUCCUCUGUGGGUAGUGAACACACGUCUGAAGCUGCAGGGAGCAAAAUUUAGAAACGAAGACAUUGUACCAACCAAUUAUAAAGGCAUAAUAGAUGCCUUUCAUCAGAUAAUACGAGAUGAAGGAGUCUUAGCUUUAUGGAAUGGUACUUUCCCCUCCUUGCUGCUGGUCUUCAAUCCUGCCAUACAGUUCAUGUUUUAUGAAGGCUUUAAACGGAAGCUUUUGAAAAAGCAGCUGCAACUCACAUCUCUGGAUGCUUUUGUCAUUGGUGCAAUAGCCAAAGCAGUUGCCACCACGCUCACUUAUCCUCUGCAGACAGUACAGUCGAUUCUACGGUUUGGACGGCACAGACUGAACCCAGAAAACCGGACUCUAGGUAGUCUUAAAAAUGUUCUUUACCUUCUUCAACAGAGAGUGAGGCGUUUUGGAUUAAUCGGACUCUACAAAGGCCUGGAAGCAAAGCUCCUGCAGACAGUCCUUACUGCCGCACUUAUGUUUCUAGUGUAUGAGAAACUGACUGCUGCAACUUUCACAGUCAUGGGAUUAAAGCGUUCGCGCAGGCGUUGAAAAGGGAACCUAUGCCAAAGAAUGAACGUGGAAGGAAUAUAUGGGGUCUAGAGAGGCACACUCCAUUUUUGAGACCAGCCUCAGUAACAGAGUCCCCACUUUCUCUUUAUUUCUCUUCCUUUGUAGCCACCUCCAUCUCCAUUAUUUGGAGAAAUUUGAAGUAAAUUCUACGGGACUUGUUGCUGCCCCUUUUGGGGAUAGCUUAUUCCUUUUUCUGUGGAUUUGCUGUGUUAAGCAAAAUGGAAAUCUUAUUUAAGCACUUGAAGUGGAUUUUUUACUACUAUAUGAUUUAGUUAACAUUCUUGGUAAAAGAUGGAUACCUCUCGCUAUCCUUAACUUUAUUAUUUUCCGUCAAACUGUCCUCAACUAUUCUUCUAUGUUUACCUUCAAUCAACAGCUGUCAGGGACUUGGUUUCAUGUAAUUCUCCUUGCAAGGUGUUCAUGUCAGUUGAUAUUUGGUUCAUUAAAAUAUUUCAUGAACAACAA